GAGUUGGGGGCGGGCAGCGCAGAGGCUGGAGCGAGGCAUCGGGAUGCAGCGCCCCGGGCCCUUCAGCACCCUCUGCGGGCGGGUCCUAGCCCCACUGCCCGGGCGGGCCGGGGGCGCGGCCUCUGUCGGAGGCGGGAACAUCUGGGGCCUCCCGGGCUCCCACGUGCAGCUGCCGGGGCGUGUACAGUCUGGGUCUGUCGGCUCGGGAAGCACUGUCGCUAGCGGCCAGGUCUCUCACAGUCUCUGCCCGGCUCCCACGACGAUGUCCAAGGCUGAGGAGGCCAAGAAGCUGGCGGGCCAUGUGGCCGUGAAGAACCAUGUGAGGAAUAACCAAGUACUGGGAAUCGGAAGUGGUUCUACAAUUGUCCAUGCUGUGCAGCAAAUAGCUGAAAGAGUGAAGGAAGAGAAUCUGAGCGUUGUGUGCAUUCCUACCUCCUUCCAGGCCCGGCAGCUCAUCCUGCAGCAUGGCUUAACACUCAGUGACCUGGAUCGACACCCAGAGAUCGACCUUGCUAUCGAUGGUGCUGAUGAAGUAGAUGCUGAUCUCAACCUUAUCAAGGGCGGUGGGGGCUGCCUGACCCAGGAGAAGAUUGUGGCUGGCUAUGCCAGUCACUUCAUCGUGAUCGCUGACUUCAGGAAAAAUUCAGAGAACCUUGGGGAUCAGUGGCACAAGGGGAUCCCUCUUGAGGUCAUCCCAAUGGCCUAUGUCCCAGUGAGCCGAGCUGUGACCCGGAAGUUUGGGGGUGCAGUUGAGCUUCGGAUGGCCGUCAACAAGGCAGGUCCUGUGGUGACAGAUAACGGGAAUUUUGUCCUGGACUGGAAGUUUGACCGGGUGCACAAAUGGAAUGAAGUGAACACAGCUAUCAAAAUGAUCCCAGGUGUGGUGGACACAGGCCUGUUCAUCAACAUGGCUGAGAGAGUCUACUUUGGGAUGCAGGACGGCUCGGUGGACAUAAGAGAGAGGCCUCGGUUGAUCCUGCAAGGAGCAGAAUGCUCACUUUGAGUCUCCAGCCACACCUGGGUGGACACGGUGCCUCCCAGAGCCUUCGCCUUAAUAUGUCCAUGCCAGGGUGGACAGCUGGCCAUGAGGAGGGGGCAGUGGAUAAAAUCCAGUCUUCUCAAAUAUUGUUAUUGUAUGUCUUUUUAAAAAGAGAGAUUUAAACAUAUAUAUAUAUAUAUAUAUAUUUAUAUUUUUACUAUUAAACAUACUCAGUUUUUUUAUAAAGUAGAACUUGAUUUCAUGUUUUAUAUAAAAUAUUUACCAAAAAAAAAAAAUGGAGAGGAGGGAUGGGAUGGGACUGUCUUUGACACUUUUGACUUGAGCCUACUGGUUAAGCUUUUGAAUAGUGAGUUUGCUGGGAAAUAAAAAUCAAAACUUUUCUUUAAGUUGGUGAAAUGAAGGGCCCAGCCAGCAGUGACGUUCUGAUGCCUUACAGGAAACCUUGUUUACUUCUCUGCCACUCUCUGUUCUGUUUUUAGGUAGCUUUCCUUGUGAUCACGCACAAUUCCUACUUCCAUUUUAAGAUAAAGUUUACAAAAGUCUGAGAAGAGCAGCAUGAUAUGUAGUGACUUGGAAUGUGAACUAGCAGGGGGAAAACUUGGUAAUUUUGUUCCUAUUAAAGGUUUUGUUCUGAUCCCUGUCUUUGGAAGCAAUUAGCCAGAAAUACUUGGCAGUACUGCCAGAGCACUGCUGUGAAAUGUGAAGUAUUUGUUUUUUUAAAAAAUGAUUUUCUUUUUGUUGAUUUUUGUUGUUGUUGUUCCUUUAGUAUUGCAUGGUUCAGUGUCAAAAGUUUUCACCUAUUUAUGAUGUUUGAAGGUUGAAAUAAAACAUUGUGGUGCCAUUUGA